UCAUGAAGUAAGUCCCACAGUCUGCGCCAGCAGCAAAGACAAUAUGAUGCUGAUACUGCUUGGUGUGCUGCUGCAGCUGGUGGUGGCAACGUGGGCACAACAUGAUUAUUAUUACUCACACCAUGACUACUCCGAUGAUCAAUGGGUUAAUCUUUUCAGGCAAGGAUUCAAUUUCCAGUGCCCACACGGACAGGUAGUAGUUGCAAUAAGGAGCACAUUUAGCAAAAAAGAAGGAUCUGAUAGACAAUGGAACUAUGGAUGUAUGCCAACACCUUUUGAGUUUGGGGAACCUACAGAAUGCUGGUGGGAAGAAAUCAACAGAGCUGGAAUGGAAUGGUAUCAGACAUGUUCCAACAAUGGCUUGGUGGCAGGAAUUCAGAGUCAGUACUUCGAUUCAGUACUGGACAGGGAAUGGCAAUUUUACUGCUGCCGUUACAGUAAAAGAUGCUCGUAUGCCUGCUGGUUGACACAAGAAUAUCCUGCACAUUAUGGAAAAGAGGUGGACAUGGUUCUGUAUUCUCAUGGCUACUACAUCAGAGGAGCAACCACAACCUUUUCUGGAGUGGAGAGGGAUCGUCAGUGGAAGUAUAUUAUUUGCAGACUGACAGACUUUGACUGUGAAUUUGAAAACUUCUAGAAGAAUACCGAAACCAAAGCAU